AGAGGUGACAGUUUCAAAACCAGGUCAGGAUCAAGCUCAGGCACGAAUGUCGCCCAGUGUUGCAGUUUGGCCUUUAGACCUGCAGCUGACUGUAACUUCAGUAUCUACUACAGAGGCUGAAUACUCUACAGCCCUGAAGAAGACUACAGCUCCACAUCCACAGCAGGUGCAGACUCAGCAUCCGAACCUGACUCCAGUCGCAGUUCCCCCUUUGGAUGUGAAACUUACUACAACUCAGCAUCCAUUGGAAUCUUCUGAAAAUUACACCCCAGAAAAGAAUGCCACCAAGAGCAUCAACCUAUGUGAGCUCUGUGUCUGCAGAGACGAGACACUGUCCUGUACUGGUCUCAGCCCAGAGCAGAGGCUCCACCGAGUGCCUGUGCUAGAGCCCAAGACCUACAACAGCACCUUCGCCGUUGUAAAUUUCCAAGGAAACGCUAUAUCUUCCAUUGAUAAGCAUGUAUGGGAAGCAUACCGCUGGACUGAGACACUAAUUCUCAGUGAAAAUCAUUUGACUGAAUUACAUAAGGAUUCAUUUGAAGGCCUGCUCUCCCUCCAGCAUUUAGAUCUAUCUUGUAAUAAAAUACAGGUUAUUGAAAGAGGUACAUUUGAAGCGCUACCUUUUCUGAAGUCUCUAAAUCUUCGUUGCAACUUAAUCAGUGAAGUGAGCUUCGGAACAUUUCAGGCAUGGCACGGGUUUCAGUUUUUAAAUGAGCUCCAUCCUAGUGAGUGUAAAGUAGUAGUGUCUCAUUAUGGUUUUGAUUUGCAUUUCCCUAAUGACUUAAGACAUGGAGCAUCUUUUCAG